GGGCAAUCCAGAGCGCGGUCCCAGCGUUCUGCGGUUGCCGCCACCUCGUCCUCCCGAGAGCCGGCCCCUCCCUCGCCUGUCGCAGUCACCCGGGAUACGGACUGCGCCUGCCAGCCGACCCGAAGCUGGUUUCAUGGCAGCUCCGAAGAAAGCUGAUUUGGGCCCUUUGGUGGGAGCAGUGGACCAAGGCACUAGCUCGACGCGAUUUUUGGUUUUCAAUUCAAAAACAGCCGAACUGCUUAGUCAUCAUCAAGUAGAAAUAAAACAAGAGUUCCCAAAGGAAGGAUGGGUAGAACAAGAUCCUAAGGAAAUCCUUCAGUCUGUCUACGAAUGUAUAGAGAAAACGUGUGAGAAACUUGGACAGCUCAAUAUUGACAUUUCCAACAUAAAAGCCAUCGGUGUCAGUAACCAGAGGGAAACGACCUUAGUUUGGGACAAAGUGACCGGAGAACCUCUCUACAAUGCCGUUGUGUGGCUUGAUCUAAGAACGCAGUCUACUGUUGAACGUCUUAGUAAAAGAAUUCCAGGAAAUAAUAACUUUGUCAAGUCCAAGACUGGCCUUCCACUUAGCACUUACUUCAGUGCUGUGAAACUUCGCUGGCUUCUGGACAAUGUGGAAACCGUUCAGAAGGCUGUGCAGGAAGAUAGAGCACUAUUUGGGACCGUUGAUUCCUGGCUUAUUUGGUGUUUGACAGGAGGAGUGAAUGGAGGUGUCCAUUGCACGGAUGUAACGAAUGCAAGUAGGACUAUGCUUUUCAACAUUCACUCUUUGGAAUGGGAUAAAGAGCUUUGCGAGUUUUUUGGAGUGCCACAGAAAAUUCUCCCAAAUGUCCGGAGUUCUUCUGAGAUUUAUGGCCUAAUGAAAAUCUCUCAUAGGCUGAAAGCUGGAGCCUUGGAAGGUGUGCCGAUCUCUGGGUGUUUGGGGGACCAGUCUGCUGCAUUGGUGGGACAGAUGUGUUUCCAGGAUGGACAAGCCAAAAACACGUAUGGAACAGGCUGUUUCUUACUGUGUAACACAGGCCGCAAGUGUGUAUUUUCUGAACAUGGUCUCCUAACCACCAUUGCUUACAAACUUGGUAGAGACAAACCAGUAUAUUAUGCGCUGGAGGGAUCUGUCGCCAUCGCUGGUGCUGUUAUUCGCUGGUUAAGAGACAACCUUGGGAUUAUAAAUACCUCAGAUGAAAUUGAAAAACUUGCUAAAGAAGUAGGUACUUCUUAUGGCUGCUACUUUGUGCCAGCAUUUUCAGGGUUAUAUGCACCUUAUUGGGAGCCCAGUGCAAGAGGGAUCAUCUGUGGGCUCACUCAAUUUACCAAUAAGUGCCACGUUGCUUUCGCUGCAUUAGAAGCUGUUUGUUUCCAAACCCGCGAGAUUUUGGAUGCCAUGAACCGCGACUGUGGAAUACCACUCAGUCAUUUGCAGGUAGACGGAGGAAUGACCAACAAUAAAAUUCUAAUGCAACUACAAGCAGACAUUCUGUAUAUUCCAGUAGUGAAGCCCUCCAUGCCUGAAACAACUGCCCUGGGCGCUGCUAUGGCCGCGGGGGCUGCGGAAGGUGUCGGCGUGUGGAGCCUUGACCCUGAGGAUUUGUCAGCAGUUACGAUGGAACGUUUCGAACCCCAGAUCAAUGCUGAGGAAAGUGAAAUUCGUUAUUCUACGUGGAAGAAAGCGGUGAUGAAAUCAAUGGGUUGGUGUACCACUCAGACUCCAGCAAGUGGUGACCCUAGUAUCUUCUGUAGUCUACCCCUGGGCUUUUUUAUAGUGAGUAGCAUGGUAAUGUUAAUCGGAGCAAGGUACCUCUCAGGUACCCAGUAAAUAGUACCAGUUCAUGGAUUACAAAGAUUGGAGCUUUUUAUUUAAUGAGAGAAUUCAACAAUUCUAUUUCUGUAUCGGAGAACACUAUGCAUAGACUCUGGUUUUAUUUUUGAGCCACGUGUGCUGCAUGAUUUAUCUUCCAAAGAGACUUGUGUCUUGAAAUAAAAUGCAGCAGAACGAAUAGUAUAACAACAUUUGGUGUGUUUUUUAACAUUUAGCUAAGAUUGGACCAGCCAUUUUGAGGGUCAUCCCUCAUAAUUUUGGUCCCAUUUUCUCUAAGGAAGAAUUUGUACCCUGUCCCGUCAAUCUUUUGCCAGUUAAUCACUGAAGGGUCAGGAUUUGAUUCUCCACACUACACAUAGUUAAAAGCCAUGUUUGUUUCAUUCCCCAAAAGCUCUCUUUUCAGCAUAUUAGAUUCAACACAGUAUAUGCACUAAAUUUUUUUAGUUAAAAUUUAGAACCCACACAAAGUAUAUAACUUUUGAAAAGUCUUUGCCAAAACUGAAAUUAUUGAGACAUUUUACUGUACAAUCUUGCUAGUUAUAUUGAAUUGUUCUCUGGAUCUUAUGUGAUAUUUCACAUGCUUUCCUUUUAUUUCCAUCUGUUUGCAUUUUUUACUUUAUAUGUUUUCAUAUGUGUCUAUACAAUUUAUAUAUAAUGGUAGCCGUUUAUAAAUUGAGUACAAUUUACAAGGCUCACUAAUUACAUUGUAUUGUUUGGGUUUCACAGGGACAAUAAAUACCUUUUUUCUUUUCAUUUAUCCUUUUAAUAUUCCUUACUUUGUAUAACACGCAGAUAUUUUAUACUGGGCGUAUCCCAUUUAUAAAUUAAGAAAACAUUGUUUUCAGCUGGUUAUAUUGAGGCUGGUCUGAAAUACACCACUUUGUGCAUACAUUUUUUUUGGGGGGAACCACUGUAUAUAUAUUUUUUGGUAAUGGUUAUCCAGAUUAUUUACCAUAAACAACUUUUUGUUAAAGAGCCAAUACUUAAAUUUUAACUAAAUGUUCUAUGUCAAUAAGAGAAAAUGUACUUUAUGUCUUCAACUUUAUUUGUUAUACCUUAGGUUUUUAUUUGUUUUAGCUUAAUAGACACUCUAAAUCUGGACGGAGCACUACAGUAUAUGUUGAGUUGGAACACAAUCACUGUCCUAUAUACAUAUUUUUGGAUAUCUCUGUAAUCCUCGUGAGGUAUAGCAAAAGAGCCAACUAAGGUCCUAAAUUGACAAGAUUGCUCUUUUUCUAAUAUGGCUAUUGCUGAUAUGCAAUUAUAAACUCUGAAGACAGGAAAUUAUCUAUACUUAAUUGUAUAUAAUCACAGCUAAGAAUCAGUUUUCCAUUAUAAUGUCUUUUAACGAAACCACUGAUUUUCGAGAUUUAGUAUGACAUACUGUAAAGAUAACCUACCACACCUUCUUGAUGUCAUUUUAAAUAUUUAAAACUUCCUGUUUGUUACAAAUAAGGAUUUAUUGCUUCCUAAUUAUUUUCUUCCAUGCUGAAAAUGGGAACAUGUAUAAAUAGUAUAAGGGGAUUCAUUUUGUUUGAAAUUAGUGGUCACCUCUAAAUUGUAUUUGCUGGGUUUUAUUGAUGCAGCUGCUACUUUAAUGACAGUAUAGAAUGGUUCUGUGAAAUUACUGCAUUUUGGGAAGGGGACAUUAUUUCUAGAAAUAUUGUUUCUGCGAUGAUUGGGUGAAUUGUAAAUAAUUGUGAAUCUCACUGUUGAAAUAAUUUUUAGAUUAUACUAAUUUUCUAUAAAUCACAAUAUUUAUAAAUAUUUGAAAUUGUUACAUGUUGCUAUUUAAUGGUAAAUUUACUUAAAAUAAACUGACCACUUAUUCUUU